AUGAAUAAUAAGGCUAUGCAGAAACUGAAAAUUGCUGCGAGCAACGGUCACAAUGAAGCCAAGUAUGUAUAUUGCAUCCUUUUGAUGAAUUCAACCGAUAAGAAACGCCGUGAUCGUGGAUUUGAUAUGUUUUGUUCUUUAAAAGGGACAACCGAAUUAAGUAUAUGCAGAAACCGAGUCAAGAGUUUCAUCCAGUGUAUGUGGAUGCGUAAGGAAAGGAUACCAAUUCAAGAGUUUUCAUGGUGCCAUUCUAAGAAACACGCUAUCGAGAGGCAUUCAUAUGCACCGUCAGCAAUAAUUAUAGGAAAUAAGCAUGGGAGUUGGAAUAGAUAUGCACGUUAUGAUGCAGAUGCUGAAAUUAGAGAGUUUUCAACAAUGACUAAUGGAAGUGCUUAG